GCUUUUAUUUUGAAAGCCAAACCGGAAGAGGGCGUUUGUAGCUCAAGCGAGUCCUUCAAUCGUCUGGAACCGACUGAGGUCAACCGGAGGACUGAACGAAACACCGGGAGAGGACACCGUGAAGGAAAUCUUAACGACACCAGUGAAAUGUUGAGGACAAAACUCCUGCCAAGACAUGGAUAGAGAGCCACAAUGACACAUGAGAACCUCACAAGCUCCCAGCUGUCUGUGAAAGCUGCUGCCCUGCGCAUGGUUGACCUCUCGCUAUCCGUCUACAGCUCCCUGACACAGGUGAGCGUCAGCUCCAGCGCCAAGAGGCUGGUGGCUGCUGCUGCAUUCGGAACUGCCUCGCUCCUCCUCCUCGCUCACCGCUUUCGGAGGAGGAAGGGCAGAAAGAAGGGUCCCUCUCCACAGUGGAAGGAGGCUGGUUUUGAUGUUUACUCUCCAGCCUCAGCAGACAAUGAUAACACCAGCCAAACCAUCAGCGUCUCCCUCAACUCCAAGAACACCAGCUCAGCUGGUUCUGGACUGGUUCUCACCACGAGAGAUUACAGAAAACUCUCUGGGUCUCUGAUGAGCUUGGCCUCGGUGCAAAGCAUGAACUCGUCCAGCAGCAGCACCUGUGCGGACGAGUCCAUCUGCUGGGACGGAGUGGGUGAAGUUGAGGUCUGCAGCGUGGUCAACCUAUCUGUCACCACCCCUGAAAACCUCUAUCUGAUGGGCAUGGAUUUAUUCGAGGAGGCCCUGCAGCGCUGGGAGGAGGCGCUGACGUUCAGGAGCAGGCUGGCUGAAGAUGACGUGAGCUGUGCCUCUGUGAAAACAGGAGCUGGAGAUGCCAUCGCCGAGCCGAGCAUGGAGGAUGUGAUCAGUGCAGACUUCAUCCACAGGCUGAAGUCUCUGCUGCAGCGGGCGUAUCGCCUGCAGGAGGAGUUUGAAGGGGUGUUGGGCAUGUCUGAGACUUCAUCCCACAGCAACAGUCAGGAUCAGAUGGCGGAUCUUUUGACCAGAGACGAGCGGGACGACGUGUGUCUGAGGGACAGCAUCAGCAUCGCUUCCACCGACUCUUUUGUGUCUGCUGCUGAGCCUCAGCUGUCGGAGCUCAGGAGUGCUUUCGCUUUGGGACAUCACCCCCUCUACGAGGAGGCGCUGCAGUUGGCCGAAGACGGCGACGUCUCCUGCAGGGUGCUCCGAACGGAGAUACUAGAGUGUCGUGGCGACUUGGAUUACCUGGCUAAGCUGCACUGUGUACGGCAGGCGUGUCAGCUCAUUUUCUGCGACGCGGCGACCAGAACAUUUCUGGCCGACACCGGAAAGAAAAUCCUGUCUUCCAUUAUUGUGAAAGCCCACAAAAGUCCAAGGAGGUUCGAAGAAGUGUUUGAGGAGCUGAUUUAUUUCCUGGAAGAGGCGGAGCACUGGGAAGAGACGGAGGUGGAGCUGUCUUCACGAGGGGUUAAGCAUUUGAACUUCUAUGAUGUUGUUCUGGAUUAUAUUCUGAUGGACUCCUUUGAGGACCUGGAGAAUCCUCCAGUCUCCAUCCGGAACGUUAUCAACAACCGUUGGCUCAACAGCUCCUUCAAGGAGACAGCGGUGGCAUCGAGCUGUUGGUCCGUACUGAAGCACAAAAGGCAACACAUGAAGGUGCCAGACGGCUUUGUGGCCCGCUUCUACGCCGUGUGUGAACAGAUCAGUCCCGUCCUGGCUUGGGGCUUCCUGGGGCCAAAGAGCUCCCUGCAGGAAUUCUGCUGCUUCUUUAAGGACCAGGUGCUUCACUUCCUGAAAGACAUUUUUGAUCUGGACAAAGUGCGCUACACCUGUGUGGAGAGUCUAGCAGAGGACAUGCUCCGCCUGCUGCACCGGCGCUCCGAGCUGCUGCUGGCCUACCUGGGAGUCGACUCCCUGCGGCCUCUCGGUAGCUGUGUCACCUCGCAGGUGCAGCUGGUUCCCAGCACCCUGCUGGAGGCACCGGUCCAGUGAGCAGAAACUCAAGUCCCACCAACCAUUGGACCAAAGAAAACUCAGCACGUCUCAUCUGUGGUGACUGCAUCAUACGUCCCCACGCUUUGGAUGGCGGUUAGAACUGCCUUCAACUAUUCUGACUGCCCCGUCCCCCCAGUGCCAUAGUGAAACACAUGAGCAAUAAUGCAACUUAAACUUGACUAGAUGUUGCGCUUUGUGUAUUUAUUGAAGAUAAGUUUGUGACAAUGUAUUUUACUGAGUUUAUUUUGUUAUACAAGUAGAAAGAAGCAGGGGUUACCAUGUAGAUGUGCCAGUAAAAGCCUGUUUGUGUUCAUAUCUAAUAUCAGCAAUGCAACAUAAGAGGUUUUAAGUGUAAAUUUAGAAGAAAAAAAAGGUAAAGUUUUCUUGAUAGGAGUCACAGCAGCCGCUUGGUGUAUGAAAACGAGUCUGAAACGAUGUGGGCACCACGAGAAGCCUUAAAACAUGCGCUAAUAUUCAGCUUUGUGUUCCAAAACCUUCCAGAGUGGAGUCAUCCAUCACUGCCAUAAAAGAUGAAGUAAAAUACACGUGUUUCACAACAGGCUUGUGUUAGUUUGUCAGGUUUAAUAUCCAAUUUAUCUGCAUACUGAGCCACUCUUAAGAAAAAAGCCAUCAACUUCAACCAAUCAGAUCCAUUUUCAGGGGUUGCCUGCAAAAAUAAGCAGUGUUUUUUGUUUUGAAUCUACAAUAAGUCUUAAACAUCCACUGGAAAUGUAUUUGCUUAGUUGUAAUUACUCAUUUGCAAGAGCUGCGAGAUUGGGACAUUGUGCAAAUUAAAUACUAAAAAAAAUAAUGUAUCUAAAUGUGGAACAACUUCAGAACAAGUUGCUGCUGCGUUCAGUUUGACUCGUCAAUAUUUUGCACCAAGGAAAAAUGUUUGUGUGAAUUAAUUAAAAGACUAUAAUACCUUU